AUGCGCGUGUUGUUCGCGAUCCAGGGAUGCAAGACUGCUAUCUUCACAGAAGCGAAGGUGUUGAGCACAACGUUUCAGCUGAAGCACCUCGUUCAGGGCACUCCACCAGAUGACCAGCUUCUGGGCAAGACACUGGGCGAGUGUGGCUUCGCCAGCCAGACAGCACAGCCUCAGGCCUUAGCUGCGGUGGAGCUCGCUUUGCAGACAAAUGAAAAGUUUGAGGCUCUGUGCAGAGAGCCCUUCUCCUGCAUACCUGAGCUGCCCGAUGUGAUGAAGCUGCAGGACUCAGGAAGCAGUGCCAGUGAACAAGCUGUGCAGUGA